GGAUGAGGCGGAGCUCCCAAACCUCUCCGGGGGUCUCUAGAGUCUGGAUCUGCUGCUUUCAUCAGUACUUUUUAUCUUCUGGAUCAUGUGGCAGCUUCGGCUCACCGUGCUGCUCGUUCUUCAGGUGUUCACCUAUACUCAGGAGGAUGGGGCCUCAGGGGCAGGGUCCUUGGAUGAGGUCAACCUCCCAGAGCUCAGUGAUGUGUGCACUAAAGGCAGCUGUUACCCAGCGACAGGAGACCUUCUGAUUGGUCGUGUCCACCAGCUGUUCUCCACCUCCACCUGUGGAAUAAACCACCCUGAACCAUUCUGCAUUGUCAGCCACCUUCAGGAGGAGAAGAAGUGCUUUGUUUGUGACUCUACAGCACCUCAUGCUGAGCUGAAUGAUUACACAAACAGCCAUCGCAUUGAGAACGUUGUCACCACUUUCGGUCCAAACAGACUGAAGACUUGGUGGCAGUCUGAAAAUGGACUGGAGAACGUCACCAUCCAGCUGAAUCUUGAGGCUGAAUUUCACUUCACACAUCUUAUUAUGACCUUUAAAACAUUUCGACCAGCUGCCAUGGUGAUUGAGCGAUCUGCAGACUUUGGGAAAACGUGGCAGGUUUACCGUUACUUUGCUUAUGACUGUGAGUCAUCCUUCCCUUCAGUCCCCCAUGGUCCAAUGCAAAAGGUUGAUGAUGUCAUCUGUGACUCGCGUUACUCCGACAUUGAGCCGUCCACUGAGGGAGAGGUCAUUUACAGAGUUCUGGACCCAGCUUUUUGGAUUGAAGACCCAUAUAGCCCACAAAUCCAAAACUUGUUGAAGAUUACCAAUCUACGGGUGAAAUUCACAAAACUGCACACACUUGGUGAUAACCUGUUAGAUUCUCGUGUAGAGAUCAAAGAGAAAUAUUACUACGCCAUCUAUGACAUGGUGGUAAGAGGAAACUGCUUCUGCUAUGGACACGCCUCUGAGUGCGCUCCAGUCAAUGGUGGUAGCCAUUCCAGGGAGGGGAAGGUUCAUGGUCACUGUAUGUGCAAUCACAACACCAAGGGACUGAACUGUGAACAGUGUCAGGAUUUCUACCAUGACCAUCCCUGGAGACCAGCAGAGGGCCACAACACCAAUGCUUGCAAGAAGUGUAACUGCAACCAGCACUCUGACUCCUGCCAUUUCAAUAUGGCCGUGUUCGUGGCUUCAGGAAAUGUCAGUGGAGGCAUUUGCGAUGACUGUCAGCACAACACAACUGGGCACAACUGUGAGCAGUGUAAACCUUUCUUCUACCAACAUCCGCAACGAGACAUCAGAGAUCCAAAUAUCUGCCAUCCCUGUAACUGUGACCCUCUGGGCUCUUUGAAUGGAGGAAUCUGUGACCGGAUGACAGAUGUCCAAAAUGGUUUAAUUGCUGGUCAAUGUCGCUGUAAAAUCAAUGUAGAUGGAGAACGCUGUGACCUUUGCAAGAUGGGUUAUUAUGGUCUCAGUGAUGAACCUAAAGGUUGUAAAGAAUGUACCUGUAGUGCUCUGGGAACUGCUCCUGGAGGAAACCCUUGUGACAACAAAUCAGGAAGCUGUUUCUGUAAGCGUCUGGUGACGGGUCGGGACUGUGACCAUUGUGUGCCUGAACACUGGGGUCUCAGUAACGACAUGGAUGGUUGCAGGCCAUGUGACUGUGAUCUGGGAGGUGCCGUCAACAACCAGUGUGAUCACAUGACUGGUCAGUGUAUCUGUAAAGAUCACAUGUUUGGUCGUCGCUGUGAUCAAGUUGAGUCUGGAUUCUUCUUUGUUGCCCUGGAUCACUACACAUAUGAAGCCGAAAAUGCCAAACUUGGACCAGGAGUGGCAGUGGUCCCAAGACCUCAUCAUUAUGAUCGUAGCCCCACCUGGACAGGUAUUGGCCUAGUCAACAUCCCAGAGGGGGCGUUUCUGGAGUUUUCUGUCGACAACAUCCCUGAAUCCAUGGAGUAUGAUAUCCUAAUUCGCUAUGAGCCUCAGCUGCCUGACCAAUGGGAGGAGGUAAUAAUGAUGGUGAUGAGGCCGGGACCAAUCAGUGCAGACAGCCGCUGUGUCAACACAGUACCUGAUGACGACAACCAAAUGAUUUCACUACACCCCAGCUCACGAUAUGCCGUUCUUCCAAGGCCAGUUUGUUUUGAAUCUGGACUGAACUACACAAUUCAUCUGAGCUUGCCCCUGUACUCAGCCCUCAGCGAUGUCCAUUCUCCAUACAUGCUCAUCGACUCGAUUGUCUUGAUGCCUCACUGUAAGAACCUGGAAAUGUUCAUAACUUCAGUUGGAGGGGACUCUGGAAAUAAUGCUUGGGAAACAUUUGAGCGUUAUCGGUGUCUAGAGAACAGCCAAAGUGUUGUCAAGACACCAAUGACUGACAUAUGCAGGAACUUCAUCUUUAGUAUUUCUGCCCUGUUGCAUCAGGGAGCCAAAGAAUGCCAAUGUGACCGUCAGGGUUCCCUCAGCACCGUGUGUGAUCCCAGUGGGGGUCAGUGUCAGUGUCGACCCAACGUAAUUGGCAGGAGCUGUGACACAUGUGCUCCAGCCACAUUCCAGUUUGGAGCAAGUGGCUGCAGAGAAUGUGCAUGUGACCUUCAGGGAUCACAGAGCCCCUUCUGUAAUACACUGACUGGUCAGUGUGUCUGUGUCACCGGUGCAUAUGGACGGCAGUGUGAUCGUUGCCUGCCAGGCUACUGGGGAUUUCCAUCAUGUCGACCCUGCUCUUGCAAUGGACAUGCUGAUGCCUGCGAUGCCGACACAGGCCGCUGCAUCGCCUGCAGGGAUCACACCACUGGACACAACUGUGACAGAUGUCUGGAUGGUUUCUAUGGUGAUCCAGUGUUGGGGUCAGUGGACUACUGUCGUCCCUGUAUGUGUCCUGAUGGACCUGGAAGUUUGCGGCAGUUUGCAGGACGCUGCUAUCGUAGUGACGAUUCUGAAUCGGUUGUUUGUGUCUGCAACACGGGAUACAAAGGUACUCGCUGUGAGGAAUGUUUACCUGGGUACUAUGGAAACCCUGCUGAGGCAGGUGGGCAGUGUCAUCCAUGUCAGUGCAACAACAACAUUGACACGAUGGACCCAGGGUCCUGUGACACCUUAAAUGGCAAGUGUCUCAGAUGCCUAUACCACAGCGAAGGCAACAGCUGCGAGAAAUGCAAACUGGGUUACUAUGGCAAUGCCUUGGUUCAGGACUGCAGAGCAUGUGUGUGCAAUCAGCUGGGGAGUGAACCAUCCAGCUGUCCGUCUUCCAGCAAUUGUAACUGUGACCAAGACAGCGGCCAGUGUUACUGCAGGCCCAACGUGAUUGGUCAACGCUGUGAUCACUGUGCUCCUGACACCUGGAAUCUGGCCAGUGGACUCGGCUGCCAGAGUUGCAACUGUGACACUAAACACUCGUAUGAGACAUCUUGUAAUGAGAUUAGUGGUCAGUGUUCCUGUCACCCUGGCUUUGGAGGAAAAACGUGCAGCGAGUGUAGAGAGCUGUUCUGGGGAGACCCUGAAGUCAAAUGCCAUGCAUGUGACUGUGACCCUCGUGGGAUCUCUGAGCAACAGUGUAACAAAGCCAAUGGUCACUGUGUCUGCGUGGGGGGAGUGUCUGGACCUCGGUGUGACAGCUGUGCUCGUGGAUAUUUUGGAACAUUUCCAGACUGUCACCUCUGCCACCAGUGUUUUGCAGAAUGGGAUAGUAUCAUUGGUCAGUUGACCAAUCAGACACAUCGAUUGGUCAAUAAAAUCGGGGCCAUUAAAUCCAGUGGAAUUAACGGACCAUUCAGGAAGGCUGUUGAGAGUAUGGAAAAGAGUGCUGCAGACAUCCAGGUUAUUCUCGACCAAAACCCAGCCUCAGAACCUCAAACUGAGAUCCAGCAUCUGUUGCAACAAGCCAGUGACUUGAUGGCAUCUCUGAAUCAGACUUUGGACAACACUGAAGAGACCCUGUUUCUGGCGGACAAACAAAAUUCCGACAUAAAAAACAAAUUACAAUUAGUGACAUCUGAUGCUCAGAAACUAGAGCAAACAGUACAGGAGCUUCUGGAUCAAGUAGAGCUUAUCAAAAACUCUAAUAUCAGAGGAGCAACAGACAGUGUUAUUAAAUACUUCCUGCAGUCCCAGACAGCUGAAGUUAGAGCCAAUGCCUCAACCAUCAUUGCAGGCAGCCCAGUGGAAACCUCCGCUGCUCUACGGCAACUCACAGAGGACAAGUUGAACCAGAACAGAGAGCCGUUUUUGAGGAACCACACUGAGCACGCUCAAAAACUGGACACCCUAGCUGGAGAACUGCAGACUCUGGAUCUCACAUUAAUCAUUCAAAAGCUUUGUGGUAAUUCACCAACAAGUCAUGAUACCUGCUGGAAUUCAUCCUGUGGGGGUCUGGGCUGUCCAGACUCAGAAGCUAAGGCUAGGUGUAGUGGAGAUGGAUGUGGAGUAGCGACUACAGCCAACGUUGUCUUGGUAAAGACUCAAGAUUCUGAAAGGGAAAUCACCAGUGCCAUGGCAGAAGUAGAGAAACUCUCAAAUAUGGUGGCAGAGGUGAAGGUGCAGGCUGAUGAAGCGAAACUUAGUGCUCAGAAUGUCCUGAUGAAGACGAAUAAAACCAAACAGAGAGUUGAUCAGAGCAACGAGGAGCUGAGAAACCUGAUAAAACUGAUCAAAGAUUUUCUCACACAGGAUGCUGCAGAUCUAGAAAGCAUUGAACUUGUGGCAAAUGAGGUUCUGGCCAUGGAGCUGCCAACAACUCCCGCUCAGUUGCAGAACAUUACUGAUGAGAUUCGACACAAGGUUGGACAGCUGGGACAUGUCGAGACUAUUCUUCAGCAAAGUUCUGAUGACAUCCAGAAAGCAGAGGCUCUGCUGGUUCAUGCUCGCCAAGCAAGUGAGGACGCCAGUGAUGUAAAAGAGUCCGUAAAGAGCAUAAAGCAAGCUCUGGAAGAAGCCCAGAGAGCUCAGACUGCUGCUAGCAGUGCACUACAGCAGGCCACCGAUGACGUACAGACUACCAGAAACCUCCUUUCCUCUGUGGAGUUGGAAACUGCAGAUACAGAACGGCAGCUGCAUAAUGCCACACGGAGAAUGCAAAGGCUUGAGCAAGAUCUGGUGCAAGUGAAAGAAAAAGCUGUGAAUGUUACUCUGAGCAGUGAUUUGACCAAUCAGGAUGCUUCAAACAUAGAGAAGAUUGCAGAGGAGAUCAAAAAGGACCUGGAGACUGAUGUAAAGCACCAGUACAGCACAGUGGAACAGCUAAUAAAUAAAAAGGCCGGCGGCACUGGAGACGCUAAGAAGAGGGCAGAGACACUUCAGAAGCAAGCCAAGGAAAUGCUGCUGCAGGCCAGUGACAAACUGCAGCUACUUAAAGAUCUGGAGAAGUCAUAUGAGGACAAUCAGCAGAUUCUGGAGGUGAAAGCAGAGCAGCUUGUUGAGUUGGAAGAAGCUGUGAAGAAGCUGUUGCAGGAAAUCAGCCACAAGGUCACGGUUUACAGCACCUGUUUAUUGUAGGAUGUUUCAUGGCUUCACACGGAACUGAGAUGUGGAAAACUUUGUUCAGAAUCCGACCUUUUGUGUCAUUUACAGAUGUAGCUCAUCUAAGCUAUAGUAAAACUUUGAGCUGUAGUACAAAUGCUGCGUUAUAUUACACAAUAAAACAAAAACAAAGAUUGAGCAUUCAUGGUUGAAGAAAAAUAUCAUGCCUUGAUCAGACUUAGGCCUAGUCCACACGUAGCCGUUUUUUUUUUUUUUUUAACGAAUAUCCGCCCCUCCAAAAACUUGCAUCCACACCACCUCGGUUUAAAACAAAACUCUGUCCACACGUACCCGGAUAAAUACGUUGUUAAGGACAUGCCAGACCUGUAGGCGGCAGUACUUCCCCCGUUCUUAACCUCGUCCUUCGUCUGUGGUCUUCCGCAAGGAGCAGUAAUUCCGCUUGCAAACACAAACAAGCAGAAAGCGCUUGGACAAUUGAUAAAGCGAGCGCAGCUCUGAGGGCAUCCAUGCUGUCGGCUAGUGUAAACACAGGUCGCACACGUGAUGUCAGCAUUUUUUUGUCGCAGAAAGUGACGUUGCGGACCUUAAAACUCCGGUUUUGUCUGUCCACACGCAGACACCCAAAACGGAGAAAACGCAGAUCUUCACUUUGGCCGGAGUUUUUUAAAAGAUCCGUUUUCGUGUGGAUGACAGGCCAAAACGUAGAAAAAUAUCUACGUUUUGGCAGAUCCCCGGCUACGUGUGGACAGGGCCUUAAAAUGUUAGUUGCAAUUAUGUUAAAUUUAUCACAUAAAUUUUGCAAGAUACCUAAUCUUGUAAAACACGUUUGGUUGCUAUUGAAAUGCAGUUUCAUAAAAUUCCAUGUAACGUAAUAGAUUUGUUUCCUAAAACUCCUUGCAAGAGUGUUUACAUUUUGUUCAGCCUGGGUACUAUUGAGCAGAAACGUGCAUUUUAUCAAAAAUAAAAUGUAUAAACCAACUGA